CAUGUCCAGGCCCAUUUCAGCAGCGCAUCAUCCUCUUCCUCCCAACAUCUUCAGCCAGCACUCGUCCGCACCUGCGCCAGGCCGCCCUUCACUUUGUUGCAGUAUCUGAUAGCGCGCACUCCACCCGCUGCGCGCACUCCUCGAGGGAGGUCCGCCAUUCUUCACCGCAUUCCGCGCCAACGUCUGCGCCCGUAGCCGACGUGCAUCCACCCGUCCUGCUGGCCGGCGCUGGUCGAGUCAAUGUCCCGCAACGAGGCAGUGUCGCCGCUGCGUAUCAACAAAACACCCACAGGCUCGCCCGCAAAAGGAAGCAGCAUGUCGCGCCCGCUUUCCGAGAUUGGUUCCACCGAGAGCCGCCGUAACUCUGGCAACUUCAACGGCCAGUCUACCAAGAAGGUAUUCCUAACUAAGGAGUCCUCGCCCUUCGACUCUGCGUUUCCAAACAGCCCGCGUCUUUUUUGGAAGGAGCAGACCGUCUCGCCCAAGAAUCGAUUUGGCUCCGAGAACGAGUACGAGCGCGAGCCGUCGCUGUCGCCCAAGCGCAACUCCAUUGAGAACCUGAAGAAGGCAUCGCGUGUCAAGAACAGCAGCAUGUACGCCCGCGAGCAGAAGAACGAGUACGACCCCAACUCUGUCCAGGCCCCGAACCGGCCCCUCGCCGCUGGACGCCCAUUGAGCACCCAGGUGCAGGGCAACGCCUUCGGGGGCAGCGGGCUUACUGGUCUGCGCCAGCAGAACGAAGGCCAUCGUCGAGGCCACAGCCGCGGCGAGAGCUUGAGCAAGAUUCCCACCCUCAGCCCUUCGAAGAGCUCUCCGAGCAAGAACCCUUCCUUGUCCUCCAGCACGGGCUCGCCCUCGCGGGACAGGUCAUCUCCAGGGCCAGGCCGCAUGUCGCCCACCAAAUCAUCUCUCGCCAGCCCAGGGCGUUUCAACUCAAUCGAGUACAACCCAGACUUCAGCAUGUUCUCCGACGACGACAGCCAGCUGAAGCACGAGACACCUCGUCCUCUUCGCCGUCACGCCAAGAGUGUCACUUUCGAUGCUGCUCCACCAGUCAUCAACGAAUACGAGAUGGUCACACCUGAUCCUUCAUCAGUGGCCUCUGGGUCUCGAGAAGGCAGCUACGAGUCGGACGAAGAGGAGCUCAGCUUCGACCAGGACGACAGCUUCGAUGCAUCCUUGGAAGACACGGACAAGACCCCCGUGGUUCUUCCCGAAGAUUGGCGCCAUAUGAGCCCCGAGGCCGCAAACACAUCGCUCAUUGACAAUUACGACGACGUUUUCGGUCGCGACAACAGCCCUAUGCCAAACGCACAUCCCAACGGCAGGGCCAACAACUCGCGCAACGGAUCCACUGCCUCCGACGGCGAAUCCAGGCCUCUUCCUCCGUUGCCAGGCAUGCAAUCCCAGGACCGCCGCGAUUCAAGCGUUGGUCUUUCGGCCGCUGCGGAGCGCGCAGCGUCGCGUAGGUCGCUUCCUCAGCUCCCACCAGGUGCAGGCAUCUCAAAGGCCGACCUUCUCAACAUGCGCGAGGGCUCCAUGUCUCUCGAGGACAGACUUCGGUUGAUGAACUUUGACGAUGAGCGCGACCUCAGCACACCAACCCAGGAGAGUCACGAUAGCAAGGUCGAGAUGGGCGUACAAGUUGAAGUCGCUGAGAUGGAGGAAGUGACCGAGACUGAGCUUGACAGUCCUAAGACACCGCGCAUCUCUCGCGAGUCUAUUCUCCGCAAGGUGCAGGGUCAAAGCUAUGAUGGUGAAGGCUAUGGCUACGAUUACGACGUAGAGUCCAGCCCUGAGCGUAGUUACGGCGAUUUGGCAGAUCUGGAUCCAGAUGUGCCAAUCCCUUCGCGCGAAGUCUCCUCCAAUUUUGACGAGCAUCCGGAGGCACCAAGCGAGGCUGAUAGUGUUAUCGACGCUUAUUCCUUCGCAGAGACGACUGAAAUGUACACCGAGGUGUCGGAGCUCGAGGAGGAUGACCGAGAUGAGGAUCGAGAGACGUCUGUUAUCCAUCAUGACAUACACCAGAAUAGUCAGCUCGAUUCAGAUGACGCAAGCGAGUAUUCGCCACAGCCCGAGGAGCAACCAACUUCUCAGAGCACCAUCGACACUUCAGGACCCUCGACCCCAACAGCGACCACCUCUUCUCCGACUGCUGGAGCGAAGGAGAUCAGGCGGGAUGAGCUUUUCGCUGACUUCCAAAACAACGAGAUGGAUUUGACACUUGAUCCUCUCCGGUCCUCCUUCCAGACCGCGCUAAGCCCCUUAGACACAGCACCUAAGCUUGAUGCCAUGCGCCAAUUCCUUCAGCGACCAGAGACUCCUGAAAUUACGGAUCCGGAGGCUGAGGUUGAGGAACCCGGCACUCCAGACUCAGUCAUUCGCCACCCUGUCGUUAUCUCACCUCCUGAGGACGAAGCGGAGACUCCUGUUCCUGAAGAAGAGGCGACUAUUAAAGGCGCCAGUGGUAAGCUCAGGGCACGGCCGUCCUUGAUUCCUGCGGAUGUCGACAUGGCCGCACAACGUCGACAAGUGAGCGGCGAGCAUCCACCUCCAGUUCCUAGACGAAGCCCUGCACGCCAGUCCUUGAGCACGGACUUCGGUCAUGUCGAUGAGGAAGACUCGCAGACGACGCUGUCGAACAAAGAGAAUCUCAUGCUCGAUUUACAACUUGGUGACGACUCGAACGAUCUUAGCUUCGGCCUAGACAAGGAGUUCGACAACAUCAUCGAAGCUCAGAAGAAGGGUUAUCUCAUGCGUCAAAACACCAAGGUAGUUUACGCAAGCAGCCGUCAGUUCAGCGAUGAGAAACCCCCAGCGGUCAAGGUCGAACAGCCUGCCGAUAAUGGUUUGAAGGCACCAGCCGUCAAUGCUCGCAAGAUCAGCGCAGAGACCAAGCCUGCUUGGACCAAGGAGCCUUGGAAUGGUAAGGCUAGGCGACGGAGCAUUCGAACGGCGUCUGGUUCGCGAAAAGCCAUGACCUCUGGACCAGUCCCUCCCAUGCCAGGCCAGGAAUCCGCUGUCGCGGGCAAUCUCGACUCGGUCGCGGAGGGCGAGGUCGACGAGUUUGAAGAGGGGCAGGAGCGAGGACGGUUGUUUGUCAAGGUUGUUGGCGUUAAGGAUCUUGACCUACCUCUACCUAAGACCGAGCGUACAUGGUUCCAGCUGACUCUCGAUAACGGUUUGCACUGUGUGACGACGUCGUGGCUUGAGCUUGGCCAUUCAGCACCCAUUGGCCAAGAAUUCGAGCUGGUCGUCUUGGACGACCUUGAGUUCCAACUCACCCUGCAGACCAAGCUUGAGCCUCCUGCUCAGCCAACGGUCACUGCAGCACCAGUCAAGAUUGUCAAUCACAAGAAGUCACACUCUGCAUUCCGUAAUCUCCUUUCGUCUCCCAAGAAGCGAAAGGAGCAGGAGCGGAAGCAGCAAGAAGAAGCCGAGCGUCUCGCCCUCCAGCAGCAGCAAGAGGCACAGGCCAAGGCGAAGCGCAAUCAUCAGGCUACCGCAUGGGAUCUUCUUCAUGACUUGGUUGGUCCCGAUGGGUCUUUUGCGCGUGCCUACGUCUGCCUCAAGAACCAUGAGAAUCAAGCCUACGGUCGACCGCUGAACGUCGACAUCCCUUGCUUCAACGAGUGGGCCGUCGACAACACUGGUGCUAGCAGUGUAAAGAGCAAGCGUGGUGGUGUUGUUCGUCGCCCCCCCUACCGAGUUGGUAAGCUUGCUCUCCAGCUGUUGUAUGUCCCAAAGCCCAAGCACGCCAAGGACGAUGACAUGCCCAAGAGCAUGAAUGCUUGCAUUCGCGAGCUACGAGAAGCAGAAGAGGUCAAGAACCAAUCUUGGGAGGGACCUUUGAGCCAGCAGGGUGGAGACUGCCCAUACUGGCGUCGUCGAUUCUUCCGCCUCAACGGUACCAAGUUGACCGCAUUCCAUGAAGCCACACGGCAACCGCGUGCAACGAUCAACCUUGCCAAGGCCACCAAGCUCAUCGAUGACAAGACUGCUCUUCAACAGCCGUCUUCCACAAAGACCGGGGGUCGCCGCAAAUCAGCCUUUGCCGAGGAAGAAGAAGGCUACAUGUUCGUUGAAGAGGGUUUCCGUAUUAGAUUUGCCAACGGAGAGGUCAUUGACUUCUACGCCGAUACUCGCGAACAAAAAGAGGAGUGGAUGAAGGUCUUGUCCGAGUGCGUUGGCAAAGACAUCGCCGGCGGACGUGGCUGGGCUGAGAUGGUUCUCGACAAGGAGCGGAAAGAGAAGCGAUCUCAGCCGGAGCCUUUGCAGGCCAAGCCGAAACGAGAGAGCAACGCGAUGAACGGCGCUCUACAGCGACCACGUUCACACGAAGGCCAUGGCAGCCAAUCUGUCCCCUCGAGCCCCGUGAAGCAGCGUCCAGGCCACUCGCGGACGAAGUCGGCCCUUCCGACAUCUCCGGCUCCGCCGCCGAUCGAAAAAGACGAGCAGCACAAGAGCAGCACUGCGCCGCGGCGGAAGGAAGUGCCUGGAGGAGUGGCAAAUCGCAGGGAUCAGGUUCGAUCGAUGAUUUUCUAAUCUUCUGAUUGCACUUUCGUUCCACUUCCCAGUAGUACAUUUUUUACAUACCUUCAUCAAUACCCGGAACCCUUUGGACUACUCACACUUUACUUUCGCUUACGCUUUUUUGAGUCGUAGGGAAAACCGUUUCGUCCACUGUUGGAUAGGUUUAAGAUCGACUUUGGGUCAUUGAAGGGCUCAUGGAGGAGAAGAGGCGCUGUG